AUGGCAUUUUUAUAUUAUAUACUGCCCCUUACUAUCUUAUAUUUUUUCACUAUUUCUUUUAACUUGUUGGCUGUAAAUAAUCUACAUUAUGUAAGCAAUGUCCUAGGCAUAAAAGACCCAAUACAUAAGCAAAAAAUAUCUCUAAAAGCUAUGGAUGUUGUUCUAUUUGGACCGCCACGAGAAACAGGCACUCGCUGGAAGGAUUAUACUUGCUGGUAUGCCUACGAACAAAAUAAAAUUGCUAAGCGGCACUUGCGUCGCAUGGCACAGGACAUGGAAGGAUUACAACGGGCUGAACAAAGUCUACAGGAAAUGCAAAAGGAAUUGGAGCUAGCUCGUAUGGAGCAGGAAAAUGUUGCAACGGAGAAAAUGGAUCUUGAAAGGCGCCUUAAAGAAGUGCCUUCCCUUAGUUCGUCUAGCUCAGAUCUUGAGGUACAGCAGCUAAAAAAAGAAAUUGAAAUGUUGCGCAAUGAAUUAACACGUGCUGAGUUCGAGCUGGUCGAUAAUUGCUGGGCGCCCCCUCAGCAGUUGCAAUCAUGGUUACAGUACACAUAUGAGCUGGAAAGCAAAACCCAAAAAAAACGCAUUUGUGCUGAGAAACAACUUCAAUCCGCGCGCGAAGCAUGUGAAAAAUUACGUAAAAAGCAAUCAAGCUUGGUUGGCGCUUUUGUUUCAACCCACGGUAAGAGCAUUGAAGACGUUGACCGCUCUAUUGUCGAGGCACGUAACGCGCUUGGAGGAGUAACCAACGAGUUACAGGAACGCCUGCACCGUUGGAAGCAAAUUGAAACGUGUCUAGGCUUAAAUAUUGUCAAUAACAACGGAUUAACAUACUUAGAGAAUGUUCUCUAUAGCCGUAAUGGUGGUAUUACUGGCAGCAUCGGUGGUGUCAAUUCCACAAAAGGUUCUAGAGCGCGGAUCACAUGCAGCACAGACGACUUGGAUGAUGAUUCAGUACAAGGUAAGAUGCAUUUUGAGAAUUUUUCACUGCUUGCCACGGAGUAACUUUGUUGCGUUUGACUGGAAAGAUAGCAA